UCUAAUCACGCUACUUCCUCUUCUGAAAUAAGAGGGCUGAAAUAAAAGCCCGUCGGGAAAUAGUUGUUCAGUAUUUUCAAGUAGAUGCUCUUACGAUGUGCACGGUUCGAACUUCCGCUAAAAUGCUUUUAACGAUUGUUUUUUGCGCGACAAGUGCAUGGUGCAUCGAUACAACGUUAACGCGGAAUGUCAGAACGAUCGACUCGUCGCUCUUCGCGUGGCCGCAAGCAAAGUCUCAAUUGCGAGAAUGGACUAGAAAAAGUGUUGCAAGUCUCACCGCGUUUUAUCUCACGUCUUUCACAAAUCCCGGAGAUAAAGUUAUGCACAUCGAAUUUGGACCCGAAGAUGGACCGCGCGAUGCAAUCGCGUAUCAACAGCGCUUUGGGUAUCGUGGAGAACGGCUCAUCGAACAAUUAGGAAACGGUUUCGCUGUCGCUCGACUUCGUGAACCACCUGUACUCAGUGAUUUUUUAACACCACCUUUACCAUCCUCCUUUAGAUAGCAAUGUGUUCUUGAUUCUGGCAGCUCAUCGGAUUUUCGCCGGCGGUCCAACAUCCUCUUAAUAGAAGAACUAACUAACGUUAGUUUCAGUUAGAGACAAUUUAACUUUUUCUGUGUUCUUGAGAGUACAAAGAACUUUUGUCUGCUUUAUUGUUUCCAUUUUUUUGUAAGUUAGUGCUUUGCAAAAACAAUGUUAUAUUUAUUAUAUUAUAUUAUUAUUAGUAAUCAUUGUGUUAAUAUUGUUAAUAUCAUUAUCUGUAUAAUUAUCAGUGUGCGUUAUACUUAUACUUAUAUAAUAAAAUGUGUUCGGAAAUAAUAAAACAAACAUAAUAGCAAAGAUUAUUCCGUAUAAAAGAGGAAUUUUCUUGAGGUUUUUUUGCAUUUUCUUUCAUUUAUGACGAUGACGUAAUCUAGAGUUAGGUCUUGUGUUCUGAGAUUAACAACGUACUUAAGGUUGUAUUCAGGGUAAGAUCUCAGUCAAAAGUUUAAGAAACAUAGCGUAAACCGAACCUAUUUUAAUAUUUAGAU